ACACCGACUUGUCCUAUCGAAUCGUUCGAAGCGCGAGCUCCUCCAAGAAUCUGGUUCAGUCGACCCUAACCUACCAUCCGAAAAGCUCGGGGGUCAUCCCGCCAUGACAGAGGUUAAAGAUGACUUCAUUCUUCCUCGUGUAGAGCAAGCUAACGGCACGGUCGGCCAUCCUACAGUCAUAGACAUCGUUGAUCCGCUUUUCGUCCGAAAACAAAACAUGCCUCGACCAUCCAUGACCACUUCGGAGGUGGUGCGUGCAUCCAGGGCUGCCUUUAGGUCCGGGAAGACCAAGCCGCUGGAGUACCGCAAGGGGCAGCUCAAGGCCUUGCUGAGAUUCUUCGAGGAGUGCAAGCAGGAUAUCGAGGACGUUUUGUAUAAGGAUCUGAGGAAGCACCCCCAAGAGGUUAAUAUAUCGGAGAUUAUCCUGGUGACGAAUGAUAUCAGGCAUACGUUGAUGGAUUUGGAUGAGUGGGCAAAGCCUAAACGUCCUUCGAAACGGCUGGUUAACAUGUUGAAUGAUGUGGAGAUCCAUACUGACCCUUAUGGUGUGGUGCUUAUUAUUGGUGCUUGGAAUUAUCCUUUGCUGUUGACGCUUGGGCCUUUAGUAGGUGCCAUAGCAGCAGGAAACUGCAUCAUCAUGAAACCCUCAGAGCUGGCUACAGCAACAGCAGAUCUUCUGCACAGAACGCUAACCAAAUAUUUGGAUGAAGAAACCUUCCACGUAGUUCUUGGAGGAAUCCCAGAAACCACCGAACUUUUGGCCGAAAGAUUCGACUAUAUCUUCUUCACGGGAUCAACAGCAGUAGGAAAGAUCGUCCACCAAGCUGCAGCAAAACAUCUGACACCCACCACAUUAGAAUUGGGUGGUAAAAGCCCAUGCUACAUCGACGACACUGUCGACAUGGAAAUAGCAGCAAGGAGGAUACUUUGGGGGAAGUUUAUGAAUGCUGGCCAAACCUGCAUCUGUCCCGACUAUGUCAUAUGUACGCAAGAGGUUCAAGAAGCAUUCUUAGCAGCAGCGAAAAAGAUCCUGUUCGAAUUUUAUGGAGACCAGAAAUUUCCUUCAGACUUGAGCAGAAUUAUCUCCGAGAAUCACUUCAAACGUCUCCUUCAAUUCCUAGAAAGUUCCAAGGUUGCUAUUGGUGGCCACUACCUUGAAUCCCAGAAAAUAAUAUCACCUACAAUCUUGGUGAACGUAAAGAAAACGGACAAAGUAAUGUCUGAGGAAAUUUUCGGUCCAAUACUACCCAUACUGAAUGUCUCUAAUUGCGAUGAAGCCAUCGACUACAUCCUCGACAACGAGAAGCCUUUAGCUCUUUAUGUAUUCUCCCAAGACAAAAAAGUGCACAAGAGAUUUUUGGAAGAAACGUCUAGUGGAUCUCUCAGUAUCAACGACACCAUUAUGCAGAUUUGUACCGAAAAUUUACCAUUCGGAGGUGUAGGUGGUAGUGGUAUGGGAGCCUAUCAUGGUGAGGAAGGCUUCAAGACGUUCAGUCACCAAAAAAGCGUGUUGAAGACAAUGCUCAAUUCUGUAACAGAAUUAGGUUUGCAAUCAAGAUACCCACCUUAUAGCCAGACAAAAAUAAAUCUUCUGCACCUUAUUCUGCAGAAAAGAAGAGGUAUACCUUUGAAAUAUAUUUCUAAUAUUCUGCUUUUCCUCAUUGGAUUUGCGGUGGCUUUCAUUUUUCAUAGAAUGUUCAAUCACCACAAAGAACACUCCGAGUAAUUUUAUAAAAAAUUAGGAAGUUUCAGUGUUUCGGUAUUGAGUACACUAGACUUGAGGAUUUACUGCACUUGCUUACUUUCGAGAUAUAAGAAGUGGUAUCUUUAUAUAAAAUACUUGUAUUUCUUGUAUGGAAAGGAUUGAAAGGUCUUGCCCUAGUUGGAGAUCGUUGCAACAACCUCGAAUUUUAUAAAAGUAGAUUGAAAACCGGAUUAGAAGCAGGUUGUCUAAGACGUCUUCAUCUCAAUCGUGUGGUAACAUUGCUCGAUACAGAUGAGUCCACUGGAGUCCACUCAUUUCAGAUUUGUUUAAUGAAUGGAAAAUUUUUAAUGAUGCUAGUCGCUGAAGGACAUUGAAUUGAUGGAGAAAUGAAAAUCAUUCAUCAUCUAUCUUCAAUAUUUUUAUUUAAUUGAGUUUUUUAUUUUUCUUCAUACUUGAUUUUGAUGCCAUACAGUAGCACUUCUUGUAAUAGUGUUAGGUGUUAAUUCCUUUCUGUUCGAGAAUGAUAAAUAAAUAGAUAAGACCCUAUUGGAAAACAAACAUUGUACAUAAAUGAAACAUUUUGAAGAAAUAUAUUUUUUCUUUAGUGGUUUUAGAAAAAUAUAGCUUUAUAUAAUUAAGUACA